GGGCGGAAGUGGCUUCGUAAAACCGAAGAGCGAGAUGGGGGUGAAGCUGGAGGUGUUUCGGAUGUCCCUCUACCUCACUUUCCCCGUGGUUAUGUUCUGGAUCUCCAAUCAGGCUGAGUGGUUUGAGGACUAUGUUGUCCAGCGUAAGAGGGAGCUGUGGCCAAGAGAGAAGGAGGGUCAGCGCCAGGAGCUAGAAGAAUUUAAGCAGAAGAUCCGGAAGCAGAAAGAAGAGAGACUUCUUCAAGCUGCCCAGCAGAGCUCCUGAGACCUUCAGUUCCUCAAGUCCCAGCUCCCUUCCCCACCACAGAAAAUAACACACACUCAACUCUUUGUUGCUAGUGCCAAGUGUUUUAUUGUUUUCAGGGGCCAGUGGGAGGCCCAGGAUGGCUAGAACUCUCAAGGAGCUUGUGUCUGGGGCUGGGGGCUGCUGUUCCUGCGGAAGCUGAGUGCAGCAGGAUCCUGAGGGGUGAGCAGGGGUUGAGGGCUGAGGGUCCCAGGUCGUUUCUGCAUUCCAUCCUGGGGAUGAAGAAGGGUCAGACGGAGGGAGGGGACCAAGGAAAGUGCAAGUCAGAAGUGCCUCCAAACAAUGUUUUUUUUUCGUCUGCUAAUUAGGGUGGUGGUAUUUGGUCAGACAUUGGCCUGUUAGUGUAUACCUGUAAUCCCAGUACUCAAGAAACAGGCAGGAGGAUUAUUUUGAGUUCAAAGCUAAAUACUAAAACAAACAAACAAACAGUUGAGUUGAGAAGAUAGCUCAGUCAUUGAAAUCCUUGCUAUGCUCAUUUGAAGACCUGAGUUUAAGCCAGGUGUGGGUUUAUGCACUUGUAAUCUCAGUGCUUAAGAGUCAGGAGGAUCCCAAGGGCUUCCUAGCUAGAGAGCCUGAUCUACCUGGAGUUCCAGGGCACUGAAAGCUCCCAGGGCAGGAGAUUGACUUCUGGCCUCCACCUGCGUGUGCACACGUGUGCCCGGAGCUCUAAACAUGUAUGCUAAUGUACACAGACAUAGGGCUGGGGCUGGAGCUCAGUUGAUAGAGACUGCAUCAAAGCCCUGGGUUCUAUCCCUACCCACAUACAUCACUCAUGGUGACUCACACCUGUUAUCCCAGAACCCAGGAUGCACAUGUAGGAGAACAUGCCAGCCAGAGCUACAUGAAACCCUGUCUCAAAAACAAUAAAGCAAAACACUCCCAAACAGAA